UGAAAUUUAAUGGAAGAAGACAAACAUAAUUCAGAGAGCGAAGACGCCAAGAACCAUGAAGCCAGCAAUUCCGAUGCCAACCAACAGUUCCAAACUCCGCCCAGAGACCCUAAUGCUGACUCCCACCAGACUCCUCCCCAGAUCCAGCAAGCCACUGGCAGAAACAGACGCAGAAGAAGAGACAUUGAUGAACGGAGGCGCAGAAAUGACCCCAAUCCAGACCCGGCGAUUCCGGACCAAAUCAGGGGCCCAGAGUCCAUCCACCAGAACAUGAUGCCUGAUGUCGAACUUGAGCUCGAAGACGAAGAAGAUGAGCCUGACAACGAAAUGGAAGAGUACGAGCCAGCCUCCAGCGAAGAAGAUGUCAAGAGAGACCACGACUAUGAUUAUCGCAAAUAAGGAGUUUCUGAACCCAAUCAUUGUGAAACUGGCUGAUGGAAGUCUGAACAUCGCAACUGAGUCCAAGGACCCUAACAUCAAAGAAGUGCUCUGAUGGAACUGCAAGAGUCGGCUGCUGUAUCAGGCAAAGUACGAUACAGUGAGCUGUCACAGCUGCAAUGAAAUCGUGAUUACCAAAGGCAACAACACGGCUAACACAGUCUUCGUUAAAUGACUCAACUGCGAAGUAGACCUGCUGGUUCCAGAAGGGGCUUACAAAGUAUUCUGCACAAGAUGAGGCAACAUAUUCACAGUCUCACGCAAUGGAGGACAAAACAGGACGGAUUACUUACAUUUCUUUAUGAACUAGACAUAUGAUACAGUUUCAAUAUCAAA